UUUUUAUUUAUUUAUAAAGUCGACCCAACCGCACCUAACGUCAAGAGACAAGAGAACCAAACCCGCAGCCUCCUCUCCUCAAACCAGCAAAAGGCAACACACCAAACAAGAACUUCAUUGCUCCAUCGUCAUCGCUGCGUCCACCGGCGACGAUCUGCAGCCAUGGCAAUGGCUUACAAGAUGGCGACGGAGGGGAUGAACAUCAAGGAGGAGUGCAAGCGGUGGUUCACGGAGAUGAAGUGGAAGAAGGUGCACCGCUUCGUGGUCUACAAGAUCGACGAGCGGACCCGCGCCGUCAUGGUGGACAAGGUGGGCGGCCCCGGCGAGGGCUACGACGAGCUCGUCGCCGCGCUGCCCACCGACGACUGCCGCUACGCCGUCUUUGACUUCGACUUCGUCUCCGUCGACAACUGCCAGAAGAGCAAGAUCUUCUUCAUCGCCUGGUCACCGGCGGCAUCGAGGAUAAGAGCCAAGAUUCUGUACGCGACGUCUAAGCAAGGGCUGAGGCGGGUGCUGGACGGGGUCCACUACGAGGUGCAGGCCACGGACCCCUCCGAGAUGGGCUUCGAUGUCAUCAGAGGCCGCGCGCAAUGAGGCCUCGCCGCGUGCUUUCGGGCUCUUCGGCGAGAGUGCGUGCCCAAGAGUGAGUUUUUAUAAAAAUCUGCGUUGCCUGUCACCCACCGUUGUAGUAUAAUCGAAGGGAUGCUAAUUGGGCGCUGGUGUCCUCUCCGACUCCUAGCCUUUGAUGCAAUCUGACGAGGGUUUGUGCUUGGUUUAGACCCUGCGUUCAGCGUUCGCCUGUACGUGUUGUUUGCUGUCUGGAGAGCAGGAGGUGUGCCGUGUGUUAUAUAGGAGCUGAGGGAGUGGCAGCGGAUUAAUGAAACGUCCAUCUCUGCGACGUAGAAUUCCACUGAGACUCAUGAUGCUCCCCCACUUGGUUGCUCUAAUGCUCUUUAUGUUUCUGGAUACGAUCCACUUGGUUGUGUGCAUCGCAAGAUCGAUGUAAGCAUGCCCAGCGAAUCAUCCUCUUAUUGUGUAAAGUGAAAUGCGACGGGGUGCUUCGGUGAAAUUAUUGCAGGCCUUACUCGCUUGA